CCAAUCAGAUCGCUACAAACUUGCAAGUCAUUUUCUUUACUUUUGUUUUGUUUUGGAAAACGAAAAUAUCGUCUGCUUGUAUUGCACCACACAAAGGCUACGUGCGAAAAGAAUUUGAAGGAUAUUCAUUUACCACUGAAUUGCUGAAGGUUAAACAUUAAACAUCAUGAGUCUCUUGAUUUUUAAUAAAAUGUGGAAGCCUCAAGUGUUUCGUAACGUGAAUAAAAUCACCAAACGAGGUUUGGCCGAAACGAAACCUGAAGGUGGUAUCAAGAUUCAGCCCGAAACACCGUAUGUGUCACCUAAUUCAACACUAGGAGAUGUUCACAGGGUUAAUGGUGUGGAGAGGUAUUUCCUUGUUUGGACAAAAAAGUUUAAGUCUGUGAAAGAUGUUCCUGGCUACGUUUCGAGAGACAUGAUGGAGAAGUCAAGGAAUAUAAUGAGGAUUAGAAUUAAUCUAUCAAUCAUCUGUGUUUGCUUGAUCGGGGCUCUACUUGCAGCCAAAAGUGGGAAGAAAGCAGUUGAAAGAGGAGAAACUCUCACUAAGAAUAACCAACAGUGGCAUCAACAAUACAAUGAUUCUCAAAAUAGCAAGUCAUCCAAGGCAGAAAAUUGAAAUCGAAGUUUUCAUUCAUUAUUGUAACAUUGUACCACUUUCCGUCUACAAUCUAUCAUUGUAUAAACAAUUAGACAAUAAAAGAUAGGAAAUAUAAAAAGUUAUUAACUAAG